AUGCACCAUUCAACGAAAAGCUUGAUCUUACUCAGUAAACACUUCUCAAAACGGUUUGAAAUUGUUAUACCUGCAAAAACAGUCAAGUUCGAAAAGUGCCUUCAAAUUGAUUUCAGGCAUGCGUGUCCAAGACAUAAUGUGAAGCUGCAAGAGCAAGAACAUGCACAAUAUAUUCGAGACGAGAAAAGUGAUAUCGUGGAAAACUUGCUGCAAGAAUAA